GGCUCCCGUUUGCUUCUAUAAGAGAACUGCAUCGAUCGGUCUUGACGCAAGCAUAGCGGUCGCUUGCUAACCAUUAACGCAGUUUUAAUUGUGCAAUUAACAAUUUGUAACGUAUGCGGAAGACAUAAAAAAAACCUGGAUUAAACGAAAAAGAUACAAUUUCGACUGCUGUCAUUUUCAGAAGUUACAACUGACACUCAAGUACCUCCUCAGAGAGAGAGAGAGAGAGAGAGAGAGAGAGAGAGAGACGGGGAAGGAAAGAUGGGGGAGACGGAGGAGGAACGCAGCGUGCAGGCCGGACAGCUCUUUGAGAACUUUGUUCAGGCGUCCACCUGCAAGGGCACGCUGCAGGCUUUCAGCAUCCUGUGUCGUCUCAUGGACCUGGACCCUCUGGAACACGCCACGUUCUACAGCAACCUCAAAGCCACGGUCACUUCCUGGAAGGCCAAGGCUCUCUGGACCAAGCUGGACAAGAGGGCCAGCCAAAAGGAGUACAAUCAGUCUAAAGCUUGCCCGGGCACCAAGUGCCUGAUCAUCGGCGGGGGUCCCUGUGGGCUGCGGACGUCCAUUGAGCUGGCCCUGCUGGGGGCCAAGGUGGUGGUGAUGGAGAAGAGGGACACGUUCUCCAGGAACAACGUCCUCCACCUUUGGCCCUACACCAUCCACGACCUCCGAGGCCUCGGGGCCAAGAAGUUCUACGGAAAGUUCUGCGCUGGAGCCAUCGACCACAUCAGUAUCCGUCAGCUGCAGCUGAUGCUGAUGAAGGUGGCUCUGAUCCUGGGGGUGGAGGUCCACGUCAACGUGGAGUUUGUGUCUCUGCUGGAACCCCCGGAGCAGCAGGAGGAUGCAGCCGGACCAGGGUGGAGAGCACAGAUCAAACCAUCCAACCAUCCUGUCUCUGACUUCGACUUCAACGUUGUGAUCGGGGCGGACGGACGCAGGAACACGCUAGAUGGUUUCAGACGUAAAGAGUUCCGUGGGAAGCUGGCCAUCGCCAUCACGGCCAAUUUUGUGAACAGAAACACGACGGCGGAGGCCAAGGUGGAAGAGAUCAGUGGGGUGGCCUUCAUCUUCAACCAGAAGUUCUUCCUGGAGCUGAAGGAGGAGACAGGCAUCGACCUGGAGAACAUUGUGUACUACAAGGACAACACACACUACUUCGUAAUGACGGCCAAGAAACAGAGCCUGCUGGACAAAGGGGUCAUCAUUCAUGACUACAUGGAGACAGAGAAGCUGCUGAGCAGUGGGAAUGUGAACCAGGAGGCUCUGCUCUCGUACGCCCGUGAGGCCGCAGACUUCGGCACCAACUACCAGCUGCCGUCGCUGGACUACGCCCUCAACCACUGCGACCAGCCGGACGUGGCCAUGUUCGACUUCACCUGCAUGUACGCCUCGGAGAACGCCGCGCUGGCGCGCCAGAAACACGGACACCAGCUGCUGGUCGCCCUGGUCGGAGACAGCCUUCUGGAGCCGUUCUGGCCCAUGGGGACUGGCUGUGCCCGAGGCUUCCUGGCAGCCUUUGACACGGCCUGGAUGGUGAGGGGCUGGGCCCAGGGCAAGACCCCUCUGGAGAUACUGGCUGAGAGGGAGAGUCUCUACCGCUUGUUGCCCCAGACGACCACAGAAAACAUCUCAAAGAACUUUGAUGGGUACACCGUUGACCCCUCCACUCGCUAUCCCAACCUGAACUCCACCUGCGUCCGUCCUCACCAGGUGCGUCACCUGUUCAUAGACGGACUGCAGGCUCCGGGCCCGCCAGAGAAAGGCGGUCCGACGUGGAGAUCUGUCAACCUCUCCAGACCAGACGCGGAGGUGCGGCCGGGCCGCCUGCUGACCUGGUGCCAGCGGCAAACAGAGGGCUACCGGGGCGUGGCCGUCACCAACCUCACGUCCUCCUGGAGGAACGGGCUGGCCCUCUGCGCCCUCAUACACCACCUCCGGCCCGAGCUCAUUGAUUUUGACUCUCUGAACGAGGAGGACUGUGCCCAGAACAACCAGCUGGCCUUCGACCUAGCGGAGCGCGAGCUGGGCAUCCAGGCCGUCACCACGGGGAAGGAGAUGGCCCUGGAGCAGGACCCGGACAAGCUGCUCAUGGUCCUGUACCUCAGCCGCUUCUAUGACAAGUUCCGGAACUCCCCCGGGGCCGUGAACGGUACCAGGGAAACAGAUGAGAACAAUGAGCAGUAUUCAUCAGAGACGGCAAACUCGGCUUACAGCUUAAUGAACCAAACCCAGCCCAGGAAGAGAGUCCCUAAGGAGGAUAAGAAGCUGGAGGAGAGUGACCCCACCAACAAGCGACGGAGGAAGGGCAACAGCUACCUGGAUGAGCUGCAGCUCUCCUGUCAGAGUGCGCCCCCUGCAGGAGAGGACGGGGAACAGCGGGAGAACAAGGUGCGCUCCAUGGCCACCCAGCUCCUGGCCAAGUUUGAGGAGCGGAACACCUCCAGCGCUAGCCUCCGCAGCAAGUGUGUGGGCCGGCGAGGGGAGUUCCCCCAGACCCUGGGCGGCAGCGACACGUGUCACUUCUGCAGGAAGCGUGUGUACGUGAUGGAGCGCCUGGGCGCAGAGGGGCUCUUCUUCCACCGGGAGUGCUUCCGCUGUGACGUGUGCAGCUGCACGCUGCGCCUGGGGGGGCACGCCUUCGACUCCCAGCAGGGGAAGUUCUACUGCAAGAUGCACUAUUCCCAGCGUAGACCCAGCACUGCUCAGGUCAAUUUCCGGAAGAGAGCGGAUGACCAGGGGCAUGUGACGACCUCGGGCGACAAGACAGACCAGUCCACAGGGGGGCAGGCCAGGGCCCGAGCCCAGCCAGGACGGGGAGUUGGGACCCCGAGGAAGGGCCUGGUUCCACAUGUGGUGGAGGAGACUCUGGAAACAGCUGAUGGCCUCACAGGAGCUGACUCAAGAAAGAAUGAAAACUCUGUUGACAUGAAAGUGAAAGCACAGGAUCAGAAAGAUGUCUCUAAGUCUGCAGACAGGAGCAGUCGAUGGAAGAGAAGGAUCCGUGCAACCCUGCCUCUCAUCCUGGUCAGAACUUUCCAGAAGGGAAGAGCUUCAGACAAGGAGUCCACCCCCAUCCCAGAGGCGGACUCUGACUACAAGGAGGUCGUCCUUCCUAUUUCCCACAAUGCUGCUGAAAGGCCUCCUACUACCCAGAAUGCUUUGCCAGGCUCAGAGGAGUGUCCGGUUCCCGGAAAGGACGUCACAGGCUCGUCCAGCCCCAAGAAGAAACUGAUCAUUUCUGUGUCUGAGAAAGAGAAGCUUCUAGACUGGAACCUGGGCACUCUGGAGGAGCCCUCAGGGUUACCAGGGGCACUGGGUGAACAGACAACCAGUAACCCAGUGUCCCAGAGCCAGCCGCCCCAGCCAGACCCAGGGCCAGACCCAGACCCUGAGCUAAGCCCAGCGCCAACCCACCCAGACCCCAGCCAGGGACCUCCGCCGACGGCCUUCCAGCAGCUGGCUAAUGCCCUCAGGAAGUCCCUGGGAAUGUCUGCGUCCGCUUCAACCACGGCGGUCACCAGGCGGUCACCAGGCCCCCGCGGACAGAGGCCCCUGUCGGAAGGAGCCUUCAACUACAGCUCCAUGUUUGGGUCCGGGCCUCCAGGGCAGGAGGAGAGGAUGCGCGAGCAGCGGAGGCCAACAGGGGGCGACCUCACCACCCUGUUGGAGCAGGUGUCCCUGGGCCGAGGACAGCCAGGGGGCGAAGCUUUCACGGACGACAUGGCCUCCCUGCCCCCCAGGAGGGUGAACUUCUUCUCCUCGCUGCGUCUGAAGAAGAGGGAGGGGAGAGGGAGAGAGGCGGGGGAGGGACAGCACAUCCGCACCAUCCUGUCCAACAUCCGGAACAAAGCCUCCAGCCAAGAGCAGCUGGACGCGUCCUGCUCCUCUAGUGACGACGAUAACAGCCUGGCCACUCAGACGGAUUGUCCUGACAAGCUGAAGAGGAGGCAGGAGAGGAUGGUGGCCCAGCAGGCUAAAACAGAACAGCUCAAGAGACUCCAUAGAGCUCAGGUCAUUCAGCGUCAGCUGGAGGAGGUGGGGGAGAAGCAGAGAGACCUGGAGGAGAGUGGGGUCUCCAUAGAGAAGCUCCUGAGAGGGGAGGAGACUGAUGACAGCCUGUCAGAUGAGGGCGUUCUCUAUCAGUCCUGGUUCACUCUGGUUUUGGAGAAGAACAGACUGGAGCGAUACGAGGCAGAACUCAUGAUUUUCGCUCAGGAGCUGGAUCUGGAGGACACACAGAGCCGGCUGCAGCAGGAACUACGACGCAGAAUGGCCGUCGACGACACCAGUAAGAGUGCCAGUGAGCUUGUGGCAGAGCAGCGGAUCCUGGAGGAGAUGAUGGGCGUGGUGGAGAGGAGGGACACCCUGGUCAGCGAGCUGGAACAGCAGAGGCUGAGGGAGCGGGCCGAGGACAGGGACCUGGAGAGCUUGGUGCUGUCCAAGGGAUACCAGUUCCACUGGGCCUCCGAGUGAGGAGAAGCAUGGGACUAGAGUUUGUGCCUGGGGCAAAGUCUGGGGUCUAGGGAGGGGUGGCUGGGCGGUUGGGACAUGAGGCAAUAAUAAACUUGGGCUUGUAGUUGUUGAAAGUUCAACAGACUACAUUUUGUCCACUUAUUUACAGGGUGACUGGUGUGAAUCUGCUAUGUACACCCAUGGUGUAACACGACCUAACCAAAACCACCUCAGUGUGCCUGUGGCCUUAUGACAGGAAGGACUGAAGUAGGAGGGAUCGUUUAGAGCACUGUUGGAUCCACUGGAAAGCAUGUUUAAACCGUACUGGUAUAUACUAGCCCAAAGGUCCUCUCAUGGAUUGAUUAAAUAGGAUUUUCCUUUGUGAAAUGAUCUGUGAUUCUGGAUUUGUUUGUUUUGUAUUGUGUAUUUGUUGUGACACUUUGUAAAUGAUUCCCCUUGUAUGCAUUCAGAUUGUCAGGGGUGUAAGAGUUGAGAAUAAUUGACUUCCUUUUCCGUUUGUACACCUACCCAAAAUGUCAACAUGAUUUUCAAUCUAAAUUUUACGAAAAAAUAUAUAACUGAACGUUUAUUUUGCACAGCACAUACGAAAUCGGUCUAUAUUUAUGUGGUAAAAAAUGAGUUAUUUAAUAAAAUGUUUAAUUGC